AUGGAAAUAAACGCCAAAAAGACGGGAAAACUGUUGAUCGAAGGGAAGACGAAACAAGUGUUCGAAUUGGACGCGAAUCUCGUGCUCAUCCGCUCCAAAGACCGCAUCACAGCCGGCGAUGGCCUGAAGAGCCACGAGAUGAAGGGAAAGGCGGUGCUCUCCACCCAAACCAACGCCGCCCUCUUCGAGUUCCUCAACUCGGUGGGAAUCUCCACUCAUUACGUGUCGCGCGUCGCCAAUAGCAACGCCGACCACGAGUUCUCGUUCGUGGCGAAGAAGUGCGCCAUGAUUCCCAUCGAGUGGGUGUCGCGGCGCGUGGCCACCGGCUCCUUCCUCAAGCGCCACCCCAACGUCCAGGAAGGUCACCGCUUCUCGCCGCCCAAACUCGAGACGUUCUUCAAGGACGACGCCAAUCACGACCCCUUCUGGUCACGUGAGAGUCUGGUCGCCGCCAAACUCGAACUCAACGGUCUUCUCAUCGACGAGUCACGUGUGCAGCAGAUGUUCGACACGACGCGCGCCAUCUACAGAAACCUGGACGCGAAGGACAUCGACGAGAAGGCCAUCUCUCUGGUGAAGGAGAAGUUCGAAGUGGUCGCUCAGCGCACGCGCACACUCUUCUCUCAAGUCAUCCGCGACCCGAACCUCAGGUCGACGCCAGAGGUCGCGCUGAUGUUGGGCUCGCAAAGCGAUCGCAAACACGCCGACGCCAUCGUGACGUCACUGCACAAGUACGGCGUCCACGACGUCGCGGUCGUCGUCUCGUCGGCGCACAGGACGACGCAAAACACUUUGGACGCGUUGGCCAAACUCCAACAAUGGCCGUCUCUGCGCGCCAUCGUGGCGGUCGCCGGCCUCUCCAACGGCCUGGGUCCGGUGCUGGGCGGCAACGCGUGCGUCCCCGUCAUCAACUGUCCGCCCGUGUCGUCGGCGGACGCCCUCUCGCUCGACGUGUGGUCGUCCAUAAGGAUGCCGCCGGGCAUCGCGUGCUCGACGCUGAUUGGCGCGGAGAACGCGGCUCUGGCCGCCGCCCUCAUCGUGGGCACGCACUCGCCGUGGGUGUGGUCUCGCGUUCGCGCGCAACAAUUGAAUACUUUGACAAAGAUUUUGCUUUUGAAUUAAAUUUAUUCCUGAAA